AUGAUGUGUCUCGUGGGCACGAUUGUAAUCAUUUGCUUUAUUGAGCUAAUCGUAUCGCGGGACGUGUACGAUCACUACGAACACAGCCUACUACGGCGCAGUCACCGGGGCUUUAAUCAGCAGCAACAGCAGGAGCAGCACCAUCAGUACAACAACAUUAACCAUAACAGCAAGCACCAUGGCAACAGCAAUUACCAUCAACCGUACUGCGGUCGGCAGGUGAAAUUUUACGAAAAAUCACACCACACCAAACAUACCGCCCAUCAUCAGCCCCGCUUGGAAACGAUCGCGAUUAAGCACAAGCGCCACUAUGCCAGCCAGCAUCAGCGGAACUGGCCCGUCAAGCGGGAAGCCGUGGUCGAGGGCGAUCUAAUACUUGGCGGGCUGAUGAUGGUACAUUCGCGGGAAGAUUCCGUCACGUGCGGACCGAUCAUGCCGCAGGGUGGCAUACAGGCGCUGGAAACGAUGCUCUACACGCUGGACAAGAUAAACGAGCAGGGCCUGGUGCCGAACGUAACGAUCGGCGCCCACAUCCUGGACGACUGCGACAAGGAUACGUAUGGGUUGGAGAUGGCGGUCGAUUUUAUCAAGGGUUCGAUUAGCAAUAUAGAUGAUAUAAACGAUUACGAUAACUGUAGCAAAGGGCACAAGAAGAAAAUUAUUUCCGGCGUUGUUGGGGCCGCAUCGUCCGUAACAUCAAUACAGGUAGCGAAUUUGCUGCGAUUAUUUAAAAUACCUCAGGUUUCCUUCUUUUCUACAAGCCCCGAGCUGAGCAAUAAGCAACGAUUCGAAUAUUUUUCCCGAACUAUUCCAUCGGAUCAUUAUCAGGUGAAGGCAAUAGUGGACAUCGUCCAGAAGCUGGGCUGGAGCUACAUUUCCAUUAUUUACGAGGAGAGUAACUAUGGUAUUAAGGCAUUCGAAGAGUUAGACGAUUUGCUAUCUAAGCAUAGCAUUUGCAUAGCCGUUAAGGAGAAACUAGUCAAAGAUUCUGGCGUUGCUGAAACGAUAGCGUAUGAUAACAUAGUACUUAAACUGUUAACCAAGCCACGUGCUAAAGGUGUUAUUAUAUUUGGAUCGGACCAAGAGGUGGCCGAAGUGAUGAAGGCAGUCCGUCGGCAAAAUGUUACAGGGGUAUUUUCAUGGAUCGGGUCUGAUGGUUGGAGCGCACGCAAUUUGGUGUCGGAUGGGAACGAGGCCGAGGUGGAAGGGACGCUGUCCGUACAGCCGCAGGCAAAUCCAGUGAUUGGGUUCGAAGACUAUUUUCUCAACCUGACCGUUAUUAAUAAUAAGCGUAAUCCUUGGUUUGUAGAAUUCUGGGAAAAUAACUUCCAAUGUAAAUACCCCCAUUCACCGUACACCCCGUACAAUAAGGACUACAAGAAUGUGUGCUCUACAACGGAGAAGCUCGCGAAAGGCGAUUUAGACUUCGAAGAUCAGUUGCAGUUUGUAAGCGAUGCGGUGAUGGCAUUUGGUUACGCAUUCAAAAACAUGCACCAAGAACUGUGUAGAGGCAAACCGGGUCUUUGCGAUGCGAUGAACCCAACCAAGGGUUCGGAGCUGUUGAAGUAUCUACGGAAGGCUGACUUUAUCGGGCUUAGCGGCGAUAGGUUCAACUUUGACGUGAAUGGCGAUGGACCGGCUCGUUACAACAUUAUCCACUUCAAGCAGGUAGCACCGGAACGGUACAAAUGGAUAAAGGUGGGCGAAUACUACCAGGGUGAGCUACGCUUGAAUAUGCAAGAUAUUCAAUUCCGCACUAAAGAUUCGAUGCCACCGGAAUCCGUAUGCAGCAGACCGUGCGAACGGGGCCAGGCGAAAAAGUACGUCGAAGGUGAAGGAUGCUGUUGGCAUUGUUUUAACUGCACACAGUAUCAGAUACAAAGUCCAAACGAUGAAACGCACUGCGUCAACUGUCCGAGGGGAACGCUACCAGACGUGUUUCAUGAGGAGUGUCAGCAAAUUCCGGAAUCCUACCUACGGCCAGAAUCAUUCUUAGCUAUAGGCGCAAUGACGUUCAGUUCGUUCGGCAUAUUGAUUACGUUUUUCGUGAUCGGUGUAUUUUUGAAACAUAACGAUACACCGAUCGUUAGAGCAUCCGGACGAGAGCUGAGCUAUGUGCUGCUCAGUGGUAUACUACUCUGCUUCGGUGUUACCUACACAUUGGUCAUCAAACCAAACGAUAUAGUGUGCGGAGUGCAAAGAUUUUGGUCCGGCUUUUCGUUCACCGUUGUCUAUGCAGCGUUGCUAACCAAAACGAAUCGUAUUGCGCGCAUCUUCAAUGCGAGCACUAAAUCAGCAAAACGUCCGUCUUUCAUCAGUCCGCACUCUCAGCUGGUCAUUUGCGGAAUACUGGUAUCCUUCCAGAUUUUAAUCAAUGCAGUAUGGAUGAUUGUGUCGCCCGCACACGCGAUGCACUACUAUCCUACGCGGGAAGAUAACCUGCUGGUUUGCAACUCCUAUACCGACGCAUCCUACAUGAUUGCAUUCUUUUAUCCUAUUUUUCUGAUAGUCAUUUGUACCGUAUACGCCGUGCUGACACGGAAGACACCCGAAGCUUUUAACGAAUCUAAGUAUAUUGGUUUUACAAUGUAUACAACUUGCGUUAUUUGGCUUGCAUUUAUACCACUGUACUUUGGUACGGCCAAUAAUGUUCAACUUAGAAUAUUUACAAUGUCCAUGACGAUUAGCCUGUCGGCCACUGUGACGCUGGUAUGCUUAUUCUCACCAAAGCUUUACAUCAUAUUGAUUCGUCCGGAACGAAACAUACGACAAAGUAUGAUGCCCAUCCGAUAUAGCACAAUAAACAAAACGACCGGUUCGGCGCAAUCAUCCGUCAUGGCGGCAGUCAUCGUAACAGCGGCCACGUGCAACGAAAACGAAAAGGUCAUCAAGAGCACAUCGAACGAAAACAUACCGGCCGCGUACUGA